AUGUUCUGCAGAUAUUUUUGCUUCUUCAGUCUGUGUGUCCUCCUUCCAACCCAAAGGAGCUGCUCCCUGGGUCACCCAGCCGGACCCCACAGCAGCACCAGCAGCACGUCCCUCCCUGGCUUUGAGAACCUCACCGUGGGAUACAACAAAUACCUCAGGCCUUACUUUGGUGGAGAACUUGUUCAAAUUGCAAUGAGUCUGGAUGUUGCAAGUAUUUCUAGUAUAUCUGAGAGCGACAUGGAUUACACAGCCACUAUAUACCUGCGGCAGCGCUGGACAGACCCCCGGCUGGUCUUCCACGGCAACAAGAGCUUCACGCUGGAUGCUCGUCUGGUGGAGCUGCUCUGGGUGCCAGACACAUACAUUGUGGAGUCAAAAAGGUCCUUCCUGCACGAGGUCACCGUGGGGAACCGCCUCAUCAGGUUGUUCUCUAAUGGCACUAUCUUGUAUGCCUUAAGAAUCACUACUACUGUUGCUUGUAACAUGGACCUGUCAAAAUAUCCCAUGGACACACAGACAUGCAGACUGCAGCUAGAAAGCUGGGGAUAUGAUGAAAAUGAUGUCACCUUCAUGUGGCUGAGAGGAAACGACUCUGUCCAUGGCAUAGAAAAGCUGCGGCUGUCUCAGUACACGGUGGAACAUUACUACACCCUGGUCUCGAAGUCACAGCAGGAAACAGGCAGUUACCCACGACUGAUACUGCAGUUUGAGCUGAAAAGAAAUGUCCUUUACUUCAUUUUGGAGACCUAUGUGCCCUCCACUCUGCUUGUCAUGUUGUCCUGGGUUUCUUUUUGGAUCACGUUGGACUCAGUGCCUGCGAGAACCUGCAUUGGAGUAACGACGGUGCUUUCCAUGACCACUCUGAUGAUUGGCUCACGAAGUUCACUCUCCAAAACCAACUGUUUCAUCAAGGCCAUUGAUGUUUACCUUGGCAUCUGCUUCAGCUUCAUCUUUGGUGCCCUUGUGGAAUAUGCAGUGGCUCACUACAGCUCAUCACAAAAGUGUGCAGCUAAAGCAUCUCAAGAGGGGCCUGCAAAGGAACUCACUAAAGAAACAGAAGAAGUCAACAUCAACAACAUCCUCAACAGCUCCAUCACCAGCUAUAAAGGGAAGAUCAGCUUUACAAGCAUUGAGAUUUCCAGUGAUAACCUCAACUGCAGUGACUUGACCAUGAAAACUCAUGAGAAAAUCAAAUGUGUCUUGAGGAACAAAAUGCACAGGAUUAUGGGUUAUUUCACAAUCCAGAACCCUGGCAAUGUAGAUCACUACUCCAAAUUGCUUUUCCCUUUGUUUUUCAUGCUGGUCAAUGUCUUCUAUUGGGCUUAUUACCUGUAUCUUUAG